GUUCAACAUCCUGCUGACAGCACAGCUUUCCUCACCCUCCAGCAGUAUUUCUGACCAGUAUGGACGAAAGGGGUGGGAAAACAAAGAACUUUUCUUCAGGUAGUCUGGUAACCCGAUCUGUAAGGUGACUCAGCCUCUUCGAACAACAGCUGUUUCGGGGACAUGCAGUGGUUAGCACACAGUGUUAAAGUCUGUGCUGCCACUUCCUGGUUUCUGCCUGGUGAAUGAUCUGAACUGCGGCAUGAUCACAGCAUUUAAAUGGACUUCUCACACUCCCCCCCCCCCAGAAAAGAGAGACCAGAGAGAGCAGGCUAACACUGAGAGACAGUGCAAAGGAAUAGAGGCAUCAGGAAAGAGCCCACAAACCACUUGUGCAGAGCUGCUGCUAUCAAACUGAUGAAGACAGAAGCUCUUGAAAGAAAACUACAUGGAGAGUCCUAUGAGGGAAAGAAGUGAAGUUUUGUUUGCAUAUCAUAGCUCACUUCUCCUGCAAGCCUUGACAGUACUGUAAAACGUGAGAGAUCCUUAAGUGUACCAAUGGAAAAGACAGAUGACAUGCAUAGCUGCCAGGAUAAGCAUGAAGAGGAGAUCCCAGAGAGUUCCCCGUUUGACUUUGUUAUGAAACAGCUCCAAAGAAAAAGGUCAUCUCCUGGAAAGAAAGAGCAGCCUUCAGCCAUGAAAAAAUUCUUCAGGGGCUUUGACUUUGGGAAAUCUGAAGGCAAGGACAGAAGGGAAAUUGAAGAAACAAAAAUAUACAAUUCUGGAGCUAACGAUCAGAGUGAGAAGGAAGAUCUCUCUGCAGAAGAUGGAAUUUCACAUCUCAUUUCUGAAGCAGAGUCACCAUCUGAUGACCAGAUAUUUAACCAAUUCAUGCAGAAACUGGGGAAGAAACCCAACAGCAAGAAUCUGGAUCUAAAUAAUUGUGCAUUAAGUGCAGCAGAUGUAACAGAGCUGGCUUCUUUACUGCCCUUUCUCCCAGAGCUGGAAGAAAUCAGGCUGUCCUGGAAUGGUCGUGUUGGUGGGACUUUGAAAGCUCUCACUGUUCAUCUUCAUCAUGUAAACCUGUUAAAAGUCCUUCAACCUAACAACUGCAGACUAACAGCUGAGGAUGUCACCUCCUUAGGAGAGGCAUCUGAAAUUGUUUCUCAACUUGAAGAACUGGAUUUAUCAUGGAACAGUAACAUAGGUGGAAAACUAUCACUCCUGACAAAAAAAAUCCAGAAAGGAUGCAAGUUAAAACUUCUGAAAAGACUGUACCUAACGACAAAAGAUGGAGAAUCCCUUGCUGAAAUUCUAAAUGUGAUCCCAAACCUUGAAGUAUUAGAUCUCUCUAUCAACAAACUCAUCGGCUGCAGGAUGAAGGUUAUUGCUCAGGCUCUGAAAAAUGUGCCAGGCUUGAAGGAGUUAAACUUGCACAUGUGUGGAUUAAAGCAAGACAGCCUCCAGGCUUUAGACUCCGCCUUACAGCACCUUGCAGACCUAAGGAAAUUAGACAUAUCAUGUAACAAAGAGACUGGUGGUGGCUUUAAAGACUCAACAGCUCAUUUGGCCAGCUUGAAAAAUCUCGAAGUCCUUGAUCUCCACCAGUGCUGUGUAGCAGAAGAGGACAUGAUCAUUUUGUCCCAGGUGAUACCUUUACUCUUCAGUCUUCAAGAGCUGAAUUUAUCCUCAAAUAAAAAUGUAGGCGUCUCAUCAGGACUUCUUCUGGGCAGGCUCAGGUUUUUACCGAAGUUGAAGUCUGUGGCCAUCAGCAAUUGUGGUUUAGGUGAAGAGUCGUUUUCAUCACUAGCUGAGGCUGCCCUUCACCUUCCUGAACUGGAGAUAUUAGACCUUUCCUGGAAUAAGUGCGUUGGUGGGAACCUAAAGCUGCUUUUGGGAGCACUAAAGCUUGCAAUGGAGAUUCAAGUGUUAAGACUGAGCAGCUGUAACUUGGUGGAUGAAGAUUUGGCACUUCUAACAUUGCUGACGCAGGAUGGUCACCUAGCCAGAUUACAGAAGCUGGAUUUGAGUUAUAAUAACAACGUAUCUGACGAAGGAUAGGUCAUAUUCUGUUGAGGCUUAACAGUAUUCAAAGAACUCUCAGAGCUGGAUGUCAGUCUUUGCCCAUUGUCCUGCCGUGACUGUGGGAUGUGGUUCAGUGAGUUGUUAGCAGCACUGACAAAGCUACCUGCCUUGGCAGAGCUGAGGAUGCAAAGAUGGGUCCUUUCAGAAUUACAACGGGAACAACUGGAAAGCUUUAAUCAAGACAACAAAAGAAACAUUCAUUUUAACUGUUGAUGGAGGUUGAAGGCUUCUGGAAGGCCUUUCACAAGCAGCACAUGAACCAAGUAUUAUGUGUCUCUGACUUAGAAGACAGCCCAGGUUUUAGUAAUCUCGUCUCAUAAGAACUACUGGAAUAGUUCCACAAUUACAAAAAACUCAUUUAACCUUCUGCAUGCACAGAUUAUUCCAUUUAAUAACAUACUCUCUCAGAUUCUCUGGGCCAUGCUCACACUACUAUAUAUGCUUAAUCUUUGUGUUGUGAAUACUGCAGUGACUACUGUCAAAUGAGCAACAAUGAUUUCAGAUGGACACACUGCAGGUUUGCCAAGAGCAGGAAGUGGCUGGGGUGUUUGCUAAUGCAGGUGGCUGAGCAGUGUGAAUGUGGCCUCAUUUAUGUAAGAAAAAUGUCUGGAAAUACUUGAAACCUCUAUGUUUUAAAUUUUAGUCUCUUCUCCCCCAAAACUUUUGCCUCUUUGUGAAUCUAUAAAAUUGUGAGAUUUGGACAGCAUCCCAACAAUUCAGGAUUAUAUAUUAGUCCAGUAAGGAAAAUACAUAAGGAGCUGAUCUUCCUCUGCUCAGCCCUUGAUGCCAUCUCAUAGUGUAGAUGAGUCCUGUGUACAGAAUCAACAUAAAAUCAAGUUGAUUGGUGUCUUUGCAGGUCUCAGGGACAAGGGAAAUGCUGUGGUAGGUUAAGUGAGAGAGCUGUCCUGCUACCUUAGCAAGGAAGUUUGUAUACAGAGCAAUCCAAAAGCAUUCUGGGUAAGGCUAUGCAAAGACUUCAGGAAACUUCAGAGAUGCCCCUUCUCAUCCUGAGCUGUUUCAGACUGCACCUUCUGUACAGACCCUUUUAUGACAUGCAGCACAAAAAAAAAAAAAAAAAAA